GGCGGGACAACUCCCAGCAAAAUAACUGAAUAACGAUACUUCUUCAGCUCAUCCUUUACGGGGGAACUCAAGGAAUCGGGAAAUGGAUUCUUCUUCAACGUCUAAGCAAGGCCGGAAACCGCCUACACUGAAUCAACCGGACAUCUACUCAACCGUCGUUUUCCACGGCACCGACACGGAAAAUGAGCAGACUCGCGACGCCGUCUCUGUGUCGAAGGGCCAUGCUUCAUUGGAAUCUGAGAAUGACACGCAGUCCGUUGGCGGCACAAUGAUAGUGAAGACCAAUCGCCGCAGACCUCGGUCCGAGACGAUGUCCUUUCUCGAUCGAACGGAGAAGAUCCGCAAGAGUAGAACUGGUGAAAUCGGGGAGGAGGGCGUUGAGGAAGGGGAUUUCUCUACAUUUGUAAUGAGGGACGGCGAGAUUGAAUCGGGGACCGUGGUGAGGAGAACGAGCGGAAGAGGAACUGGCGAAGAGAGCGGAUUGUCUACGAUGAGAAGAGCUGUCGCGAGUAUGCAAUCUAUGGAGGAGAUUGGGGCUGGGAGGAAGAGGAAAGGUGGUAAUGGCGGUGCAUUGGAGGAGGAAAUGAAGCAGGUGCAUGGGAGUAAGGUGUCUUCCAGCUCCUUUCCAGAUAGUGUGGCGAGGGAAGAUCCUUCUACGAAGUAUGAAAUUCUUCACGAACUCGGAAAGGGUUCAUAUGGUGCUGUUUACAAAGCUCGAGAUCUGAAGACUUCGGAAAUGGUUGCCAUCAAAGUGAUAUCAUUGUCUGAAGGGGAGGAAGGCUAUGAGGAUAUCCUAGGUGAAAUUGAGAUGCUACAGCAGUGCAGUCAUCCAAAUGUUAUUCGCUACUUUGCGAGCUAUCAAGGAGACGAAUAUCUUUGGAUAGUAAUGGAGUAUUGUGGGUGUGGAAGUGUUGCUGGUUUAAUGAAUGUCAAUGAGGCACCACUUGAGGAGCACCAAAUAGCAUAUAUUUGCAAAGAAACAUUAAAGGGCCUUUCCUAUUUACACUCCAUAUUUAAAGUACAUCGAGAUAUCAAAGGGGGUAAUAUAUUGUUAACUGAUCAAGGAGAGGUUAAGUUAGGUGAUUUUGGUGUUGCUGCACAGCUAACUAGAACAAUGUCCAAGCGUAACACGUUUAUUGGAACUCCUCACUGGAUGGCUCCAGAAGUUAUUCAAGAAAGUCGGUAUGAUGGAAAGGUAGAUGUGUGGGCACUUGGAAUAUCUGCUAUUGAAAUGGCAGAGGGUCUUCCUCCGAGGGCAACUGUGCAUCCUAUGAGGGUGCUGUUUAUGAUAUCAAGAGAACCAGCUCCAAUGCUUGAGGAUAAGGAGAAAUGGUCUCUUUUGUUUCAUGACUUCGUCGCAAUGUGCCUUACAAAGGAUCCUCGUCUCCGUCCAACUGCAGCAGAGUUGCUAAAGCACAAAUUCAUUGAGAAGUGUAAAAGUGGAGCUUCUGGAAUGCUGCCCAGGAUACAGCAAGCAAAGGAAAUUAGAUCUUCCAUGACUUUAGAAGCUCAGAAAAUUGUAUCAUCAGCCACUCUACGAGAUUUAGGAGGUGACCCCAAAGUAAAUGAAUCAUUUGGAGAUACAGUGCCUGCUGGUCUGCAAGUCUCUGAUGUACUAUCAUCUGCAAUUAAUGUGGAGAAUCAUGAUUCAGUACAUAUAGAAACUGAUGAAGAAGGUGACUUUGGGACAAUGAUAGUUCGAGAUGCUAGUAACACAGCUACAACAGCUACUCAGAUUGCAGUCCGAGACAAAGAACCGUCCCCUUCUGUAGAACCUACUGGAAAUGCCCAUGUCCCUGGCCAUGAAGAAAAAACAAUUGACCCUAGGCUAUACAGUGAAGAGAGUCUUAAUUCCACAAGUGGCGCAUCCCAAUCCAGACAAGGGAAAGCCUCUUCUCCUGCAAUGCUUGCUCCUCCACUUUUAUCCCCCCCGCCGGGCAACAUUUUUGUAACAAAAGGUCCCUUGAAGAGUGAAGCUGUCAGUCAAAAAGCUGUAGAAAAG